AUGUCAGCUGAAAGGCUGGACCAAGGCAUGUUGGAUUUUUGUAUGGGACUGUUGCGGCUUAAACCGCAGGGCACGCAACGCAGUCCCUGCCGCAGAGUGAUCAACUGGAGUAAAUUCAUUCAUGUCCACGGUUCUGCUCCGAACAAGCCUGAAAUUCCGAAGGAGGCAAAAGGAAUCAAGCCGUGUUGGGUUUGCAAGCGGACAGAUCACAAGUUACGAUUCUGUGAUGAUUUCAAGAAGCUCAGCAUCACGGAUCGACUGAAGACGGUUGAGCAAAACAAACUCUGCGCGCUAUGCCUUAAUAACCACGGCAAAAGUCGAUGCACCUUUAAAAUCCGCUGCAACGUUGCCGGAUGUCAAGGUGGACACCAUCCUCUGCUUCAUCGAGCGGAAGGAGUCGUACAGCUGCUAAAUGUCGAGUGCCACGCCCACGGACGGUUGAGUCGUGCCAUCAUCUUCCGUAUGGUACCGAUUACUCUAUAUUUCCGGAAAUAUGCAAUGGAUGUUCUGGCCUUUUUGGACGAAGGGUCAUCCACUACGCUGGUGGAGGAAUUUGUUAUUAACGAGCUGAAUGUGGAGGGGGUUUGCGAACCACUGGUGGUUUCGUGGACGGGCAACGUGAAGCGCUACGAGAAUCAAUCGAAAAAGAACGCACGUACGGUGGCUGAGUUGAAGCUGCCGUGUCAAUCCAUGCAAUUCGAGGAGAUCGCGGAUCGCUACUCUCACCUGACGGAUUUGCCAGUAGUAAGUUACGCUGCGGAGGAGCCUCGUAUCAUAAUCGGUUUGGACAACCUACACGUAUUCGCUCCACUAGAAACUCGAGUGGGUGAGCCUGGCCAGCCGAUCGCUGUACGGUCAAAACUUGGGUGGACCAUCUACGGACCAGGAAAUCCUGCUGCGGCUGCUACUGCAGAAAGUUACAUGAACGUUCAUUCCGUCGAACCAAUUCGGAACGAGGAUCUUUAUGAGAUGUUGUGGACACAGUACUUGUUGGAGGACACCGGUACUUCUUGCUUCUCAGUUCCAGAGUCAGCUGAAAACAUACGCGCCCGUGAGAUUCUCCAAGCAACGACAGUGCGGAUCGGCGACAGAUUCGAGACGGGCUUGCUGUGGCGUAAAGACGAAAGAAGGUUCCCGGACAGUUACCCGAUGGCGGCCCGGCGGUUACAGGCACUGGAGAGGAAACUGGAAAAAAGUCCAGAUCUGAAGCAAAAUGUCCACCAACAGAUAGCGGAGUACGUGACGAAGGGCUACGCGCACAAAGCUACAGAGGAAGAGCUAGCUGGAUGGCAGAAAAAUGAGGUGUGGUACCUUCCCUUGAACGUGGUGCUCAACCCUCGAAAGCCGGGUAAAGUACGUUUGGUUUGGGACGCCGCAGCCACGGUAGGCGGAGUUUCGCUUAACACUGAGCUGCUCAAAGGACCAGACAUGCUGCAGUCUCUGCCGACGGUGAUUAAUAAGUUUCGUGAACGCAGAAUUGCAUUCGGUGGUGAUAUACAAGAAAUGUACCACCAGAUUCUGAUGAGGGCGGCAGAUAAGCAAGCUCUGAGGUUCCUGUUCCGAUCGAAUCCGACUGAUGUACCAACAGUGUACGUCAUGGACGUAGCUACGUUUGGGGCCACCUGCUCCCUAUGUUCGGCGCAGUUCAUAAAAAACUUGAAUGCUGCCGAGUUUGCGAACGAUUUUCCACGAGCUUCGUCUGCAGUGAUCGAUAAACAUUACGUGGACGAUUAUUACGAUAGCGUCGAUUUCGUUGACGAAGCGGUAGAGUUGGCGAACCAGGUGAAAUUCAUUCAUUCCCGAGGAGGUUUCCAUAUCAGGAAUUGGGUUUCCAACUCCAAGCAGUUUCUGGAAGCGAUGGCCGAACAGAAGUCGAAUCCUGCUGUCCAUUUCAGCCGGGACAAAACCACGCAUACCGAGCGAGUUCUGGGAAUCAUAUGGGACCCAGAAGAGGACGUUUUCCUGUUUUCUACCGAUGGACGAGAGGAGUACCAACUGGUUCUACAAGGGGUUGAACGACCAACCAAAAGGAUUGUGUUGAGUUGUGUCAUGGCUAUGUUUGAUCCUCAAGGUUUGCUCUCUCCAUUCACCGUUUUCGGUCGCAUGUUGGUACAAGAUUUGUGGAGGACUGGCUGCGACUGGGAUGAAGAAAUUGACGAUGAAUCAUUCCAAAAGUGGAUUCGCUUGACGAAAGUUUUGCCAAUGAUCGAGGCAAUCAGGAUUCCCCGGAGCUACUUUGGAGACGCUAGAAUGGAUCAGAUCGAGGAUCUACAGCUGCACGUAGUGUCCGAUGCUAGCAAAGGUGCCUACGGGUGUGCGGCCUAUUUUCGAGCUUUGGUGGGCGGAACGAUCAGAUGUGUACUGGUGACUAGUCGGGUGAAGGUGGCUCCGUUGAAGCCGCUAUCAGUUCCAAGGCUUGAGUUGCAGGUGGCAGUGCUGGGGACCAGGCUGGCUUCUGCGGUGCGAGAUGGCCAUUCGUUGGAAAUCAAGCAACAAUUUUUCUGGACGGACUCUUCCACUGUGCUAUCGUGGAUCAGGUCAGAUCAGCGUAAGUACAAAGAGUUCGUAGGUCUUCGUAUUGGUGAAAUACUAACUCGUACGAACCUGUCGGAGUGGCACUGGGUUCCAACGAGGAUGAACGUCGCGGACCAGCUGACUAAGUGGACGAAAGACCCUGAAAUAAGUUCAACCAGCAGUUGGUUCACCGGGCCAGAGUUUCUAUAUCUUCCGGAAGCAGACUGGCCGAAGCAGAAGUUGCCAGGUCCAGAUACAGAAGAAGAGUUGAGAGCGCACCUGCUUGUUCACGAUGUUAACCUUCCUACUCCCGUAAUCGACGUCAACAGAAUUUCGAAGUGGACGGUGCUGGUAAGGACGAUGGCUUGCGUAUUUAGGUUUCUGUCGAACUGUCGAAGAAAGCUGAAGGGAUCGCCGCUCGAAACGCUGAAACCAACGGAAAUGCAAGCGCAAAUCAUUCUCCCGAUCGAUUAUCCGAUGUUGCGGACGCCACUGAAUCAGAAGGAGUAUGAGCAAGCGGAAAUUUCGUUGAUGCGGAUGGCACAAGCAGAUGCGUUCAGUAGUGAACUGAGGAUCUUGAUGAAGAACUUGCAGCUUCCGGCCGGGACGUGGUUGAAAAUCGAGAAAUCCAGCUUCAUCUAUAAGUUGACGCCGCUAAUCGAUGAGAACGGUCUCCUGCGUAUGGAAGGUCGAACGGGAUCAGCUGAAUUCCUACCGUUUGACUUGCGGUUCCCGAUAAUACUGCCCAAGGACCAUGCUGUUACCUGGAAAAUCGUUCAGCAUUAUCACGAGCAAUUCGGCCACGGAUAUAGGGAGACGGUGAAGAACGAGCUGAGACAACGAUUCGUCAUCCCACAGGUGGGUAGUGUGGUCGCUAUGGUGGGGAAAGCUUGCAUACAGUGCAGGGUUGCCAAGAGCCGCCCACGAUGUCCUCGGAUGGCCGCGCUACCAGUACAGAGAGUAACUCCGUAUGUGCGGCCGUUCUGCUUCGUGGGGGUCGAUUACUUCGGCCCAAUAACAGUUUCAACAGGCCGCCGCAGUGAAAAGAGAUGGAUCGUUUUGUUCACGUGCCUAGUAGUCAGAGCGGUUCACCUCGAAGUAGCACACUCCCUGACCACACAAUCGUGUUUGAUGGCAAUCAAACGCUUCACCUCCUACCGAGGUCCGCCAUUAGAAGUGUUCUCGGACAAUGGCACAAAUUUUAAAGGAGCAAGUAAGGAGUUAAUGGAAAAUGUACGCAGCAUCAACGUAGAUUGCGCAGCGGAGGUAACAUCAGCUCGAAUUAAGUGGAACUUCAAUCCUCCGGCUUCGUCGCACAUGGGCGGAGUCUGGGAGAGAUUAGUCCGUUCCACGAAGCAAGUGUUGGAGGCGAUAAACGAUGGGAAGCGACUGACAGAUGAAAUCUUGGUGACUGCGAUAGCCGAAGCGGAGGACAUCAUCAAUAGCCGUCCACUUACGUACGUGGCGCAUGAAUCAGAUAAUUUCGAAGCGUUGAGCCCCAACCACUUCCUCCGUGGAGUCGCUCCGAACGAACCAAGGUACAACGUAGCUCCCGUCAAUUCAGCUGUAGCCCUGCGGGACUCCUAUCAGCGAUCGCAGGAGAUAGCUGACGAGAUGUGGAAGAGGUGGAUUAAAGAAUACGUUCCUUCCAUCAAUCAGCGUACCAAGUGGUUUGGUGAAGCAAAGAAUUUGAAGAAAGGUGACUUGGUCUACGUUGUUGAUGGCGACAAGCGGAAGUGUUGGGUACGUGGGAUUGUUGAGGAGCCGAUAGUUGCCGGAGAUGGCAGAGUACGCCAGGCCUGGAUUCGUACCAACAGCGGCAUGCUAAAGCGAGCGACAGCGAAACUUGCGGUGCUUGAAAUAAAUGAAAGUGACACUGGUCCGGACGUGACUUCCGGACCAGGUUCACGGGCCGGGGCAUAUUGCGGCUUAAACCGCAGGGCACGCAACGCAGUCCCUGCCGCAGAGUGA